GAGGUGCCUUAAUAUAUAUAAAUAGUCUGCGUGUCACCUAGCAGCCAUUCACUGUCUGGCACAGUAGCAAACAUGAAGCUCUUGGUCCUGUGCGCUCUGGUGGCCGCCGCUGCCGCUUGGCCCCGCUUUGGCAUGAUGGCCGAUUCCCCGGGGCAUAUUGUAACCCCGGCACAGAAUGUUAUCAACGGCCUCCUCCAGAAGGUUUAUGAAGAUAUUCACGAUCAGGAUCUAAAGAGGCUUUCCCAGACCUUCGACCCUCUCUCCGGCCACUAUGAUGACGGUGGUGUCUUUGUCAGGCGGCUCAUGAAUGAAUUCAACGAGAACCGCUUGCUGGAGAAGAAGCACUGGUUCUCGCUCUUCAACACCCGCCAGCGGCAGGAGGCUCUCAUGCUCUACGACGUGCUCGAACACUCCACAGACUGGGACACCUUCGCUGGCAACGCCGCGUUCUUCCGUGCUCGAAUGAACGCGGGCGAGUUUGUCUACGCCAUUUAUGCUGCCGUCAUACACUCUCCUCUGACAAAACACGUGGUGCUGCCGCCUCUCUAUGAGGUUACUCCUCACCUCUUCACCAACAGCGAGGUCAUUCAAGCAGCUUACGAAGCCAAAAUGAUGCAGAAUGCUACCACUAUCAGGUCCCAUUUCACCGGCAGCAGGAGCAACCCUGAGCAGCGCGUGGCCUACUUCGGCGAGGACAUUGGGCUGAACACUCACCACGUCACCUGGCAUAUGAUGUUUCCCUUCUGGUGGAACGAUGCCCAUGAAAGCCACCACAUUGACCGCAAGGGCGAGAGCUUCUUCUGGGUCCAUCAUCAGCUCACCAUUCACUUCGACGCUGAGCGUCUCUCCAACUACUUGGACCCCGUCCAUGAACUCCACUGGGACGAAAUUAUCCACGAGGGCUUCGCUCCCCACACCAUGUACAAGUACGGCGGCAGCUUCCCCACACGACCAGACAAUGUCCACUUUGAGAACGUGGAGGGUGUGGCGCACGUGCGCGACAUGUUGAUCCUGGAGAGCCGCAUCAGGGAUGCCAUCGCUCAUGGCUAUAUCACCGGUAGGGACGGGUCUGUCAUCAGCAUCAGAGACGCUCAUGGCAUCGACAUCCUUGGUGACGUGAUUGAGUCCUCCACUUACAGUCCCAACCCCGAGUACUACGGCUGCCUGCACAACACUGCUCAUGUCAUGCUUGGCCGUCAGGGCGACCCUCAUGGCAAGUUCGAUCUCCCUCCCGGUGUCAUGGAGCACUUCGAGACCGCCACACGCGAUCCUGCUUUCUUCCGCCUCCACAAAUACAUGGAUAACAUCUUCAGAGAGCACAAGGACAGUCUUACCCCCUACACCAAAGAGGAACUCGAGUUCUCCGGAGUCUCUGUCAAUAGCAUCACCAUUAAAAGCAAACUCACCACCUUCUUUGAAAACUAUACAUACAGCCUCGUUAAUGCUGUAAACGACUCUCCUUAUGCAGGGGAUGUGCCUAUCAAUACCGUUAUACUUCGUCUUGCACAUAAUGAAUUCCAGACUGAAUACAAAAUUGACAACAACAACGAAAGAGAGGUAACGGCAACCAUGCGCGUUUUCAUGUGGCCCAAGUAUGACAACAACAAAGUUGAGUUCUCUUUCAAUGAGGGACGCUGGCACGCCAUUGAAAUUGACAAGUUCUGGGUUAAACUGUCUCCUGGACAGAACAGCUUCACACGUUCCAGUAAGGAUUCAGCAAUCACUGUUCCAGACGUGCCAAGCUUCCAGAUGCUGAUCAACAAGACGAAAGAAGCAAUGAUAUCCGGCUCUGAGCUCCGCCUCGAUGAGUACCACAGCAGCUUGGGCAUUCCCAACAGAUUCCUACUCCCAAAGGGCACAACUGAGGGCAUGGACUUCCAAUUUGUGGUUUUUGUCUCUGAUGGCUCCAAGGACAUGGCCGUCGAGGGCCUCCUCGAGAACACUUCUUUUAACCACUAUGGCUGUCACGAUGGUAAAUACCCCGACAAGAUGCCGCACGGCUAUCCGCUAGAUCGCCGCGUCGACGACGAGCGUAUCAUCACUGGCGUCUCCAACUUCAAGACCAUGGUUGUCAAGGUGUUCCAUACGGAUGCAUCCCGCUAACACCACAGAAAUCCUUCGCAGCCCAUCAUGCUGAGAUGAUUUUCUGACAUCGUUAAGCAAUAUUAUCUUAAUAAUAAUCAUUGACUUAGUUCAACCUUUUGGUAAAAUCGAAAUACAUAAUCAGUAAUUACCAUAAAAAAAAUUUAAAGGAUUAUAUAAAAAAAAAUGUGAUGUUCUUCAUAAAUAAAAUAAAUUGUUUGCCACUU